AUGGCGGACCUCCACCGCCAACUGCAGGAGUAUCUGGCGCAGGGGAAAGCGGGCGGGCCGGGGGCCGCCGAGCCGCUGCUCGACGCGGGAGAGGCGGAAGAGCCCACGGCCGGGGCCGGGCCGGCGGGGGCGUGGCUCGGCCGCGCGGGCCUGCGCUGGACGUGGGCCCGGAGCUCCGCGGAGCCGACGACGGCGACGGGACCGACGUGCAUGCCGAGCGUGACGCGCGCUCAGCGGCUGGCGGCGAGCGGCGUGUGCCUGCUGCUGGCCGCGCUCUGCUUCGGCCUGGCUGCACUCUACGCUCCUGUAUUGCUGCUGCGAGCCCGCAAGUUCGCGCUGCUGUGGUCGCUGGGCUCGGCGCUGGCGCUAGCGGGCGGCACGCUCCUGCGAGGCGGUGCGGCAUGCGGACGCCUGCUGCGCGGCGAGGAGGCGCCGUCGCGUCCCGUGCUGCUCUACGUGGCCGCGCUGGGCUCUACGCUGUACGCGGCGCUGGGUCUACGCAGCACGUGGCUCACGGCGUUGGGCGCCUGCGCGCAGGUGGCCGCGCUACUCGCCGUGCUCUUGGGCCUGCUCCCUCGUGGCGCGGGCACCGCGCUGCGCCUGGCGCUCGGGCGCCUGGGCCCGGGAGCAACCCUCGCCAAGGCGCUCCCCGUGUGAGAGGCCUGGGGGCCGCGCCGUCGGAAAGGACACAGAGUCCGCCCCCGGGACGCGCCGUCGGGAGACCACACGCAGCCGGCCCAGGGGCCUAGCGCUGGCCAUGCCAAGGACUUCGCCCGCCGUUCCCAGAGCGCGCGGGGCAAAGGCUGCUCCUUUACUGUGCGAGCGAAAUCUUUAAACUGAGCAGCUGUUAUAAAAUUGAGACAUGAGGUGUUUCGGAAGUUCCUCAAGUUCAGCGUUUUGUGCUAUACUCGGCAGCAAGUGCUGUUGAGAACUAAAUUUUGUCCUUGAGUUGGUGACAUACUGUGAAGCAUUUAUGAUAAAUUGCUUUUGCGUUAACCGUGGUCUUAGAUUACAUUCAGUUGAAAAAGAAAAAGAACACUGGCUCUUCCGUUUUAAUUAACUGCCCUUAUUAUUUUUCUCAGACAUCUGUUCCACGUUUUGUCACUUAAAAAAA